UGUCAUGCUGCUGGGCUGGGAAUUACAACAGUGUGUCAAGGCAAGUGAGGCUGCCGGGCUGGGAAUUACAACAAUGUAUCAAGGCAAGUGAGAGCUGCGUGGGGACCCCUACCAAGAAGCCCUCACCUCCCCUGAUGGGCUUUACUUGGUGAAUGACAUCUGUCCUAUCACAUUUGUAAUUGCAGCUGCGAUAUAUCCAAGUGCGGAAAAUCAGGUAUGUUUGGGACAACUUGGAGAAGAGGUUUCAGAAAGUCGGCCUGCUGGAAGACAGCAACUCCUGCUAUGAUAUCCACCACACGUUUGGACGGGGCCUGACCAGUGAAGAGCAAGAGGUCAGGCUUCCCAGAAACCAGGCAAAGAGGGAAAAUGGACACAUUUAUGUGGUCACCUUUUUGGUAGCAAAAAGCAAAUCAGGACAUCAGGAGAGACAACAUCCUGAAGAUAAAUUUUCAGAAGGCCUUGGGAAGAAAAAUAUUCCAGGAGGUUCCCCGCUCCUAUCUUCACUCAUUCAUGAACUGGAUGCCACUUUCACUGCCUGUCUUAGGUCCACAGGGACUUGAGGCAAUUCUCUUAUCUCACAGAAACAGGGAAAACCACACCUACCUUACCCCCAUCCAUCCAAUAGUCUUAUGAGGACAGUUGUGCACCUCCUCAUUUUCUUUUCACUUAAUGCCCUGCUCCUGCCUCCUUUGUUUACCCUCCUGAAAUAGAAGGAGAAAUGUUUGGUGGUCAAGACAGCUCUUAACGUGGGCCCCAGACCAGUCACCCUGUUGGUAACCCAGCUCUCUGGAAGAAGAAAAGCUUGGAUGGAGAGAGUCUGCCAAAUUCUAUCGUGGGAAAAACAACAGCUAUUGCUGAUUUCAAGCCACCAACGUGACAUCACUGAAUGUGGAGCUUGGAAGAGAUGUUCCCUGUCAGUUUGGGUAUACUUCAGGGCCGAACUUAAUUCUCAACGUCUGUCACUUGACUGGGAAAAAAGGGCAUGCCUGUGAGUACCAGAGGAAAGGAAUCUUGAGUCACAGGCAGCAAACCCAGCAGCACAUGCUGUUUGACCUCUCUGUCUCCCAGCAUCUCUGCACCUCAGUGUUUUCACACAUGGAGUCAGAAGACCCUGGUUUGUGUCCUCUGGGAUCCAUGCAAAUCAUUGCAGUAGGAAAGGCGCGGCUUGGAAAUCAAACUUGGGCUGAGCUCUGUUACACCUUAUAUUCAGGAAACGUCAUGCACAUUGCACCAUCAGUGCUCAUGGAGUGUGAGGUGGAGUCGUGGAGCCCACGGUGUGACACCUGGACCCGCUUCUUUCCUGCUCUGUGGCUCUGGGGGAGUUACUGAGUUUAUCUGAACUUCAGUUUCCUUUAUAAUAAAGAUGAUAAUAUGAAACCUCGUAGAGGUAAUGUGAUGAUUACAGGAGAUAAUACGUAUAAAAGGCUAAGAGUUGCAUUGUCACAAUUAAUACUAGAUAUGGGUACCUUUGGCAGAACACACACAAUGAAUAGUUUUUUCCAUUGGCAAAAUGGGAGAUAUUAGCCCUUUCCUUUAGACCGUUGUGACAAACGAGAGAAUCUUGUGUGAGAACGCUGUAGAUUGUCAGAUGCUGUACAAACAUAAGGGCCUCUUACUGGAAUGUACUCAUGUGUGGAUUAGCAAAGUGUUAGAUGUGAAGACCAUAUAUCAUCUUCUAGUUUGUUGGCUCAUUCAUUCAUGUAUUUAUUUUCAUAUACUAAGGGCCUGUCCUAGGUGCUGAAGAGACCAAGGUAAGAUAUAUAUGAUCUCGAACAUCAAGAGCAAUCUAGAAUGCCUAAUUCUAGAAACAUAGUCACAUCUGGGUCUUGUUAGGUGUUCUCAAAAUGUGAUUGAAUUGUUUAAAAAAUAACUCAACAUGCCUUUCUAACUGCAUUUUGAUUCUUGAGUUGCAUUAAGAUAUUUUUUUUAACUAGAAAAUCAACUUUGUCCAUCAGGCACUUUCAUUUUAAAACUAUGUUAAUAUUUUAGGAUGUGCACAUUAAUAUUUUUUUAUUAAAGGCACAAAGAGCCUUAAAGGUAGAGAAGUGACUUUUGCCUAGUUUGGUUGUACUCACUUAUCAAUGUGGUUUUAUUUUUAUUUAUUUUUAUUUUUUUAAUUUUUUUUAAAUAUGAAAUUUAUUGUCAGACUGAUUUCCAUAAAACACCCAGUGCUCAUCCCCAAAGAUGCCCUCUUCAAUACCCAUCACCCACCCUUUCAAUGAGGUUUUAGAUUUGGCACUUAAUUGGUGAUCACUUUCUUACAGAAGAUUAGUGUGUGGGCCCAAUGCCAUUGAGGUAGAAAUCCAGCCCAUAUGGAAGCUGCUUAUUAAACAGGUUUUAAAUCCAUUCUACGUAUUCCAAGCCUUUACCCUAACUUUGUGGCUGUCUCAAGGUUACAUAGAAUACUCUGUGGCCAUCAUCAUCUUGUCUAUUAUCUCCAUUGUCUUAAGUGUGUAUGAUUUGCGACAGCAAUCAGUGAAGCUGCACAACCUUGUGGAGGAUCACAACAAAGUCCAGGUUACAGUCAUGGUAAAGGACAAAGGUUUGCAGAAGCUGGAAUCCCAUCUCUUGGUUCCUGGGGAUACUCUUAUUCUUCCAGGAAAAACUUCAUUGCCAUGUGAUGCUAUCCUGAUUGAUGGAAGCUGUGUGGUGACUGAAGGCAUGCUCACAGGAGAAAGCAUACCUGUCACAAAGACGCCACUGCCCUAUACGGAGAACACCGUGGCCUGGAAAUCCCACAGCUUGGAGGACUAUCGGAAACAUGUCCUUUUCUGCGGGACAGAGCUUAUCCAGGUCAAGCCGUCUGGGCAGGGGCCAGUGAGAGCAGUUGUUUUGCAAACAGGUUACAAUACUGCCAAAGGGGACUUGGUGAGAUCCAUCCUCUAUCCCCGACCUCUGAACUUCAAGCUAUACAAUGAUGCCUUCAAGUUUAUAGUGUUCUUGGCCUUCCUUGGCAUUGUGGGUUUCUUCUAUGCCCUUGGUGUAUAUAUGUACCAUGGAGUUUCUCCAAGAGACACGGCAACCAUGGCCCUGCUUCUCCUCACCGUGACUGUCCCUCCUGUGCUACCAGCUGCCCUGACCACAGGAAUCGUGUAUGCACAAAAGAGGCUGAAGAAAAAGAAAAUCUUCUGUAUUUCCCCACAGAGAAUCAAUAUGUGUGGACAAAUAAACCUCGUGUGCUUUGACAAAACUGGCACUCUUACGGAAGAUGGGCUGGACCUCUGGGGGACUGUCCCUACUGCUGACAACUGUUUUCAGGAAGUGAAUAGCUUUGCCUCAGGCAAGGUUUUGCCAUGGGGCCCGCUGUGUGCUGCCAUGACCAGCUGCCACUCUCUGAUCCUUCUCAAUGGGACCAUCCAAGGAGACCCACUGGACCUCAAAAUGUUUGAGGGCACUGCCUGGAUAAUGGAAGAUUGCGAUGCAGACUACCGCACAUUUGGGAUGCCAGGUUCAAACAUAAUAAUAAAGCCAGGACCAAAAGCCAGUUGGAGUCCCGUGGAAGCCAUAGCCAUCUUGCGCCAGUUUCCAUUUUCCUCAAGCCUGCAGAGGAUGUCUGUGGUCGCUCAGGUGGCAGGGGAGGAUCACUUCCAUGUGUACAUGAAGGGUGCCCCGGAGAUGCUGGCCAAGUUCUGCAAGUCUGAAACAGUACCCAAGAAUUUCCCACAGGAACUCAGGAAAUACACAAUACAAGGCUUCCGUGUCAUUGCUUUUGCCCAUAAAGGCUUGAAGAUGAAGAAGCUUUCAGAUGUAGAGAAUAUAGCGAGAGAGAAGGUGGAGUCAGACUUGACAUUUCUGGGACUUCUCAUAAUGGAGAAUCGCUUGAAAAAAGAAAGCAAGUCAGUCUUGAAGGAACUGCAUGAAGCCUGCAUCAGGACCGUGAUGAUUACAGGUGACAACCUUCAAACAGCGAUUACUGUGGCAAAGAAUUCUGAAAUGAUUCCUGGAGGAAGCCAAGUGAUCCUUGUUGAAGCCAAAGAACCAGAAGAUUUGGUUCCUGCCUCUGUGACUUGGCAGCUGGUUGAAAACCAGGAGAAUGGACCAGAGAAGAAUGAAACCUGCGUUAACAUUGGGAACAGUUCGGUGCUUGAUGGAGCAAGAGGGAGCUGUUACCAUUUUGCAAUGAGUGGGAAAUCCUACCAAGUGAUAUUUCAGCAUUUCAACAGCUUGCUUCCAAAAAUCCUGGUGAAUGGAACCAUUUUUGCAAGAAUGUCUCCUGGGCAGAAAUCUAGUCUUAUUGAAGAAUUUCAGAAAUUAAAUUACUAUGUGGGCAUGUGCGGAGAUGGAGCUAAUGACUGUGGGGCUUUGAAAAUGGCUCAUGCGGGCAUUUCGCUGUCAGAGCAGGAGGCAUCUGUAGCCUCCCCUUUCACCUCGAAAAUAGCCAACAUCGCGUGUGUGCCUCAUCUCAUCAGAGAAGGCCGAGCUGCUCUGGUUUCAUCCUUUGGGGUAUUUAAAUACUUGACCAUGUAUGGCAUAAUCCAACUUAUUGGUACAUCACUGCUCUAUUGGCAGCUACAGCUCUUUGGGAAUUACCAGUAUCUCAUGCAAGACGUAGCCAUUACCUUGAUGGUCUGUUUAACAAUGAGUUCAACUCAUGCCUACCCCAAACUGGCUCCUUACCGACCGGCAGGACAGCUCCUCUCUCCCCCUUUGUUGCUCUCAGUCUUUUUGAACACCUGUUUCACCUGCAUUGUGCAAAUCUGUGCAUUUCUCUAUGUGAAGCAGCAGCCCUGGUAUUGUGAGGUCUACAGAUACAGUAAGUGCUUUCUGGACAACCAAAGUAAUUUCUCAAUGAAUGUGAGUUUGGAGAGAAAUGGGACUGAAAAUGCAACGCUGGUUCCUGGUUCAGUUUUAAGUUUUGAGAGUACCACACUGUGGCCCCUCACCACCAUCAACUGUAUCACAGCAGCAUUUAUCUUCUCUAAGGGAAAGCCAUUUCGAAAACCCAUCUACACAAACUAUAUAUUCUCAUUUCUGCUGAUAUCUGCCUUGGGCCUCACAGUUUUCAUUCUGUUUUCUGACUUUCAAGAUAUAUAUCGUGGAAUGGAGUUCAUCCCAACACUGGCAUCAUGGAGGGUUUCGAUUUUGGUGGCAGCCAUCACCCAAUUCUGUGUGGCCUUCCUCGUAGAGGAUUUCAUCCUUCAAAAUCGAAAGCUCUGGCUAUGGAUCAAAAAAGAAUUUGGAUUCUAUUCUAAAAGUCAAUAUAGGCACUGGCAAAAAACGCUGGCGGAAGAUUCCACCUGGCCUCCCACAAACAGAACGGAUUAUUCAGGUGAUGGUGAAUAUGGAUUCUACAUCAACCGUGGCUAUGAAAGCCCUGAAGAGAUUCCAAAAGCGAAACUCGGAUUGGAAGGCCAAACCACAGAACAGCAUUUUUGGACCAGGCUGUAAUCAGAAUUAUUGUCAUAUGGGGUUAACAGCAUCUCCUUGCUCCCAGAAACUAACAUAUUGUGGAGAGGUGAUGACAGUCUACCUCUACCUUUAUCCAUCAGAGAAUUCAAGGUGCAUUUCUCGAUGUAUUGAACCUUGCAAAAAAGAACCUUAAAUAUGCUUAUUUUGACUGUAUCCUCCACUACUGAGGAAAAACAUGAACUUCCUCGAUUGUCUUUUUUUUUCCCUUAAUAUUGCAUACCAUUAUCCUGGCGGAAAUGCCCAAGCUUUUAUGGUAGUGAAAUUAGUGGUAUGAACAUCAGUAGAAGGAAAUUUCAAGAAGAGUUUGGUCUUUGAAAGUUUCACCAAUAUAUCUUUAAUUCACAGACAAAUAAAAGAAUAAGUCUUUCUAUCAAUAAAUUAUCACAAGUUUACUGAACCUUA